ACGACAGAUAUAAAAAAGGCAGAGUUAGACAUACAAAGCUGAUUCAGACAACUGUAACUCGACCUCAAAGACCGUCAUUUCAUUACUUGCCUAUAUCUACCUGACUCAGAGUCUUCUCCGCUGAUAACCAACGAGACAGCUACCCCACGUGUGAAUCAAGCCUCUCGAAACAAACAGGGUUUCCUUUACCAAGUCUCACUGCUCACCUACCCAUUAACCCAUCAUCUCCCCGGCCCCAAACCAAUAUCCCCAAUGAUCGCAGACUGGCCAUACGGCGGAGACCCCUCUCCCAACCCCCCGGAUCUCAUCGACGACGCCGUUGCCGACAUCAUCGCAAUUCUGCGUCUACUUGAGCUGCCUGUACCCCACGCCUCGUUCCUCUCCUUGGUCUUCCACACCCUAUUCUACGUCAGCAUCUGCGUGUUCGCCAUCUUCGCGUUUUUCGUAAUCUGGCAGUCCGUCUUCGUCAGCCUCUUCCGUUCCCUUACCAGCACCGAAACCCGUCGCAACCCCGAGCCCUGGAGCGUAACGCUAUGCAGGCUUAUAGACCCCUACUCAUACGACAACGUUCUCGCGUUGUCGUGCUACAUUACCACCUUGAUCGUGUCUUUGUUCGUCCUAGCUGCGUCUUUCGCUGCUAGCGACAGUCGGAUAGCCGCGUGCGCGUGGGUGAUGGUCUGGUCUUUGUGGCUACACGCAGGGUGGCGGUACUGCCAGCCCAUGAAGCCGCAGUACACGAGGGAGGACAUCAAACUCUGGAGCGGAAAGGGCAUAUGGGUUCACACUAUACUCUUAGUGGCCGGCCUCGCUUACUUCCCAUCAUUGUGUCGGCAGCUCGACGAUGGUAUCGUACGGCUUCACGAAAGCUGGGGUGACGCCAGCCCGGCAUUUCUAAGGAACAUAGCCCACGAGAUUAUGUUCAAGUUUAACCCUCCAGAAUAUAAGGUGGUCCCACGUGUGUAGUGUAGAGGCUGGAAUAUACCUGGUGGGACUGGGUAGGUCAUCGGCAUGGUGCUCCA